AGCGCUCUGACUACGACGGCCACGGCGUAUCCCGGGGCGACGGUGACCAGGGCGACCAGCUAGCAGCUGCGCAGAAGAGCGCUCGCACAACGACCGUCGUCGCUGUCUGUGCUGCUGUAACUCGACUCAGCUGCUGCGGUGUAUGUUCAGGGGGUGUAAGUAGAUCCCGCUAUGCUACCGGACAAAGAUGGGCCAAGUGCCGGUGGAGGGCAGAGCGCCGCUAAAGGAGAAGACCCCUCCGUGAGUCUGUUCCGGGACUACCUCCGUCUCAGAACCGUCCACCCGGAGCCCGAUUACGAUGCAGCACUCAAGUUUCUGGAUAGAAUCGCAGAGGAGCUCGGGCUACCCAUGAAAAAGAUUGAGGUUUGUCCAGGCAGAGUUGUGUCAAUCAUGACAUGGGAAGGGACAAAACCCACACUGAAGUCUAUCUUACUGAAUUCCCACACAGAUGUUGUACCUGUUUUCCAGGAACAUUGGAAAUGCGAUGCUUUCAGUGCUUUCAAAGAUGCAGAGGGCAACAUUUAUGCCCGGGGAACACAGGACAUGAAAUGUGUAACUAUACAGUACAUCCAGGCGGUCAGAAGACUGAAGGGGCAGGGAUGGAAACCGACACGUACUGUGCAUUUAAUGUUUGUUCCUGAUGAGGAAGUCGGUGGUCAUAAGGGAAUGGAAACUUUUGUCACACAUCCAGAGUUUAAAAAAUUAAACAUUGGCUUUGCCCUUGACGAAGGUUUGGCCAACCCUAAGGAGGCCUACACUGUGUUUUAUGGAGAAAGAAACCCCUGGUGGAUUACUGUCCACUGCCCAGGAAGUCCAGGUCACGGGUCCCGCUUUGUGGAAAAUACCGCCGCUGAGAAACUGAAACAAGUUAUAAACUCCUUCCUGGACUUUAGAGAGAAGGAGAAACACCGGCUGAACACUAGUGAGUGUUUCACACUGGGGGAUGUCACCACAGUGAACAUGACCAUGGUGAAAGGUGGCGUGGCCUACAAUGUCAUCCCAGCUGAGAUGGAUGUCAGCUUUGACCUAAGGAUACCCCCAACAGUGAAUCUCCAGGAGUUCGAAAAACAGAUCAAGCAGUGGUGUAAGGAAGCAGGGGAAGACGUCACUUACAAGUUUGCUCAGAAACACAUGAACCAGAAUACCACGUCCACAGAUGAGAAUGAUCCCUGGUGGAGCACCUUUGGGGCUGCAUGCAAGUCCAUGAAUAUGACCUUAGAAAAGGAGAUCUUUCCAGCCGCCACGGACAGCCGUUUCAUCCGAGCAGUGGGUAUCCCUGCGAUUGGCUUUUCUCCAAUGAACCGAACUCCGAUCCUGCUGCAUGAUCACAAUGAGUACCUGAACGAGCAAGUCUUCCUGAAAGGCAUCAGCGUGUAUGAGAAGCUCAUCCCAGCUCUAACAAGUGUCCCUGCCUUACCUAAUGAAGCUUAGAUGAGCACUCAUUUUUAAUCCUCACCGAAUCAUAUUUCACAUAUUACAUGAAUAUCUAACGAGAAUGAUAUGCAGGAAUUACCAAAGAAUAACGAAAUGUAUAUCAUUAAGCCAAAUUUAGCACUUAGCCUUUGGUGCUGUUAAUAUUUUUAUGAUUCUCAGGUUAGUACAGUCAUUACAACAGGUUUUAACAGCAUACUUGCUUUAUGGAAAUGUUGUUGACUGUGCUUGUGUGUAUUUCUGCUCAAAGUAAUAUCACAAAAUUGUGUUAACCAUUUUUUUCAGUUGUAUGGAAAAUCAGCUACAAUAAUGAGUUAAGUUAGACUAACACAACAAUUGUCACCUUAAUUAUAUAUGACUUCACAAAAAAAUUCUUUGAAAUAAACAUUAAAAUAAAUGAA